ACGUGGUCAUAUUGCUCCACAAUGUUUCUUAAAUGAGAAGAAUAACGCUAAUUCAAAUAAUAACCAAAAGUUUUGUAACUAUUGUAAAAAACAAGGUCACUUAAUUUUUGAAUGUAAAAAUCUAAAUCGAAGAAAUUUUAAUACAAAUCGAAAUCAUUUUAACAUGUCAAAAACUUUUAUUACCCCUACCAACGAAAACAGACAAGCAUUCAGCUAUUCGCACACACAUGCAGAAAAUGCAUCAAACGCACAUACCCACAGAAUGUCAAACCGUGACGAAAAUCAACAAACCACAAAUUCCCAAACCCAAGUUCCAAAACCAACAAUAUCCGAAAAUGGUACUAUUACAGUACGUGAAUUAAAUGCACAAUUUUCCAGUUCAUUUUUAAUAAACAAAACUGACGAAAAUAAAAUAAAUUACAAAAACAAAAAUGUUUCAUUACAAAUUGAAAACAAAACUUUUUGCACAAAAUCAAACAAAGAACAAGACCCAAGAAACGGCAAACAGCAAUUAAAAGACAAAGAUGAAACCAAAGAAACGCAUGAAAAAAACGUUCCAAAUUUAACAACUUCAAAUAACAAAACGAAACAGAAAGACAAAAUUUCCAACAACCCCCAAGUUCCACAAACGCACGAAAAACGUUCAGAAUUACAAGCAAACAAAGCAAGCAAAAAAGUUGAAGAACCAGAGACAGUCACAACUCCUACCAAACAUCCUUAUCAGCAAACAAAAUCAAAGAAAUCCUACGACAAGUACAUGAAACCACAACGGACAAAAAUCCUUAUGCAAGUAAAUCCAAAAAACUGAUGCCUCUAUUUAAAGAUGCAUACAGAGUUUUUUGAAACAAAUGGUACAGGACGGAUUCAUACCGAUCAAUGACAAAGGACAUGCCAACUGACAAAGAUUUUUUUUUUUGCGAAUUGAAAUUAACAAAACCAAAAAUGAAAUAAAAAUUACAAUUGUCAAAAAAGACAACAAAU